AUGGAUCCUGAAUAUGAGGCUUUCAUCACAGCGCAGAGCCAGAAAAAAUACCCCGCACCUGCGAACAUGCUCUCAGCAAUCAAGUCACUUCUGGCGGAUCCUUCCACUCCACCAUCGGCGGCAGCCCGAGAAGCUGUGUCGUGCUUCAUCAAGGAGUCCAACCCAGAUCCCGACUACACGUCACUAUGGCCUCUCCUUGUUGAAACCAUCGGUAAAUUUACGGAUCAGAACGACCGCCUGGUGGACUUUGUUGCGGCACUGCAGAGUCUGUCUGACUGCAACGGAGCUUUUACUCGGCUGGAUGGGCUCAGUGAAUAUAUGACAGAAUUUGUAUUUGACUACGUCGAUCAUCCGUUUUAUGCUCCUCAACGCGAUGAAAAGCGGCAAGCUUGGGUUAAUGUCAACUCUUUCGCAGCCAAGCUCUAUGCUAGGGGCAUCCGUGCUAACAAUGUCGGUCAUCUCCGUCACGGUGGCUGGGUCUUGAGAAAGACACUGGAGAAAGCUCCAUGGGAGAAAUUCCAUCAUGAAGAUGUCGAACAAGAGUUAGAAGAUCUAGACAAUGAUGAGGACGACGAGGAGUAUUGUGAGCUACGUGACCACCUGCUGGAAGAGAUUGAUAUCAGAACCCUCAACGGGUGGGUACCUGCCGCAGCACAGUGGAUCAGACAUUGUGGCAGGGAAAUAUAUGCAAUGGAAGGAUCCAUGGGAAGAGAGUUUCCAACCAAGUGGACAGGAUCCGAGGGCUGGUCAAAGGAACGAUGGGCGUUCUGGAGGGAGAGAUUUGAAUGGAUUAGCUUGGUCACUGCCUUGGAUCGAAAGACACGCAGGAUAGCCAAGGAGAUGGUCCAGGAAAUGGCAAGCAUCGAAGAGGGACAGGACUAG